ACAUUCUUCGAGGUUUUCCUCUCGGUUGGUAACACAACAACAAGCACGUGCUUUGCCACUUGUCUCCAGGCUUCUUUGAAACUGCGUGAAUUAACGGCCAGGGGAACGGCGACCGAGCUCAGAGUGGGGACACGUGACAAGAGAGAGAGAUUUGCGGGGGAGCGCGGGAAGUACGCCUCCCUAGAUAAAUCGCCGCACCCCCUGCGGGAAACCGGAGCGCCUCCUCUCCUUUUGCUUUGUUUGUGUCCCUCUUGCAAUCUAGCGGGGCGGAGGGGGGGGGGACCAGCGGGAUCGAGUCCCAGCGCCGCUCCCUCCGCCAGCUUCUGUGCGCUGGAGCCUAGAGGGCAGUGUGGCCGCGGCGGCGGCGGCUGCAGCCAGGAAGGGCGGAGCGGCAAUUUGACAUCAGUUCCUCUCACUGCAAGGGAAAAGAGUUUUCUUCCCGUAAAUGCCACAAGUCGAGCGCGCCAAGCCCGGGGCGGCUGCCCUGGGGCCGGAGAUGGGGAGCCGGCGCUACCGGUGCAAGCCUUGCAGCAGGUGAAGCGGUGGACGCGGGCGAGGUUGCGCUUCUCCCCCGCCCCCCCCCCCCGCCUGCCAGCCAGCCAGCCAGCCCCAGUUAGUGGCAGCGGCGACAGCAACUCUCGACCGGCUGCUGUCCCGCCCAGCAUGAGCGGUGGCGGGCGCCCGGGCGCCCGAGUGGCUGUGAAGAUGGAGGUGGCCCCUUUCUACAGCGAGGAAGGGCUGGAGCUGCUCCCGGACUUCGUGCAGCUGCCGGGCUUCGGCGGCGGGCCCGGCGUAGCGGGACCCACGGGACUGGAGCCAGCCGAGGAGAGCGGCGCGGACCCACAGCAUAAGCUGCUCCUCGGCGGGAAGAAGCAACCGCGAGAUUUGGUCGGGGCGGCCUCCCCCAGCGCCGCCUUGCCGCCGGCGGGGCCCUUCUCCUCGCUGCGCUCCCGCGCUGGGGCCAACAGCACCGUGCACCGCCUCAUUCAGGAGGCGCCCGGCGGCGUUGGCGGCCCAGAGGUGGGCCCGGGCGGGUUGCAGCCCUUGCUCAAGCUGCCGGCGGCCGCCGACCUAGAGCAGCUGCUCAUCCAAGCGGGCAGCCCGGGCCUCGCUGGGCCAGCCAGCCCCACCGGCGGCGGGCCCUCGGUGGCUGCAGCCACUGGCGGGCCCUUCCUGUACCGACCCCCGCAGCCCUCCGCCCAGCAGCUGGCAGUGACGCAGGAGCAGGAGGGCUUCGCCGAUGGCUUUGUGAAGGCUCUGGCCGACUUGCACAAGCAGAACCAGCUGCUGGGGGUGCCGCCGGCGCCCCUUUCUCCCACCCAGCACCCGGGGGGCCCGUGCUGUCCUCCGUCCAGGCAGGAGUCCCCCGCCGUCUACACCACCUUGGGCGGCUUUAGCCCGGCCAGCCCGUCGGCUGGCGGCACUUUCUUCUCUCCCCAAGCCGUGGCUCGCCUCCCAGCGCCCGGCUCGACGGGCAGGGCUCUGGAGGAGCCGCAGACGGUGCCGGAGGCGCCGGUGGUGGUCGUGCCGCCGCCACCUCCUGCGCCUUCGUCCGGUGAGUCGCCGCCGCCGCCUUCCUCUUUGUCCCCGCUGGAUGCUGAGAGCCAGGAGCGCCUCAAAGCCGAGCGCAAGAGGCUGCGCAACCGCAUCGCAGCCUCCAAGUGCCGCCGGCGCAAGCUGGAGCGCAUCGCCCGCCUGGAGGAGAAAGUCAAGGCGCUCAAAGGCCAGAACGCCGAGCUGGCCGCCACUGCCAGCCUGCUGCGUGCCCAGGUCACCCAGCUGCAAGGCCGCGUCCGGAGCCACCUUUCCAGCGGGUGUCAUAUCAACGCCGCGGCAGCAGCUCCUGCCCAAACCUCGGCGGCAUCUAGCCAGCCCUCAGGCAGGGAGGGACCACCGGAGCCGGAGGCCAGCGCCUGCUGAAGCCACUCGAUCUUGGGCAGAGACAGACAGGUGCGCACAACUUCGCCUUGCACGGAGUGGAGAGGAUGGCUGGUUGAUAUAAGCCCUGGAGGCGGCUGUGAUAGCGGCCCUUUUAGUUCCAUGCGCUAUGGCGCCUAAACGUGCCAUUCGUUCAUCUGAAAAGCUUGGGAAAGGAUCGUAGAAGAGAUUUCUCUCCUGUGUGUGCGCACACACGUACACACAAACCUGCGUCCUCUUACCACCAGCUCCUAAUCGGAAGCCAGGAGAAAGAGAUCCGGCAACCAGAAACAAAUCUGGUCUCAUGGCCGGGAGAGAGAAGAGUUGUAGGGUACUUUCGAAAGGGAGCAAUAAUCUCUGCUCCUCAAGGGACAGAAUGCAACAAGAACUUUGAACAGUGAAGCAGUCUUUUCUAGAGAGGAAUUUUUAAAAAGUAUUCAUCAGUCAGCAUUGACAGAAAAUCUUGAUUUCAAGCAUCUCCGGAAAUUAAUUGGUUUGCUGCCAAUUAAUUGAAAUUGGUUUGCGUUACCCAGGUGAUGAAAGUGACAAUGAAGUGAUUAAUAACCAGAUCGUGGUGAUGUUUUUCAGGAGCACUGAGCAAAUGCAAAAACUUCCAGGGGAAAUUGGGGGGGGGGGCGUUAUGCUGCACCAGUUGAUGCUAUUCUGGGCAUUUCCAGCUAUCUUAAGAAGCCCCAGGCUGCAUUCUGUAGCUGAUAAUCUUUAACAACAACAAAAAACCCAUCUUGAAAAUGUGAUCACUUUUCUUGUUCUAGCUCCCUUCCCCUUGCAACAUACACAUUAAGAAGAGGUUUGCAGAUCGGACACAAACACAUUUUCAACCUUUUUCAUCUGUUGCUGGAAGUCCAAAGAUCUCUUCUGAGAUUCCACUGGAGCUUACAAUGUAGACAGAAGUUGUCUUUGCUGAAGACUUUGUUUAGAUAUUCUUGGUUUUUUCUAAUUCCUAGUGGGAGGUGAUUAAACUCAACCUGCAUAAUUUUUCUGCAAAGGUUACCAGGGAUUGUUGAACUCCAGUAUUUUUGACUGCAGGCUUAUUUAUUGCUUUCUAAUUAAGGAUGUAGGUUCUCUGAGAUAUUAAGUGUCUGGUACAGUACAUUUGUAUUAAGCAAAUUGCAAGGUGUUUUCAAGUAGAUCAUUAGUAUUUUUAGAGAUAACAAUCCUACUGUUUGCCAGUGGAUGUUUUUGUGAAAUGUUUCUCAAGAAUUUGAGAGGGCUGUAGCUAAUACAGGGCUAAAUCAGCCUUGUUUACAGAGAGAUGUUUAUUUUCCUGCUGUAGAUGUUUAUAGAGUUUCAUAGCUUGACAAAGCCAAAAUCCUAGAUGUUUAGGAAAAGACUAUAUAUACCAUAUAAGAUGUGGCAGAGUGUAUUUCUUAGUACAAUGGGAAGUCUAAAUGAUUCGUUGCUAUGAGGAAAUAGUUGUCUGUUUCUGACAUAUGUGAUAACUUGCCCAUUGUGAGUGAGUACUCUAGUGCUAAAAUGCAACAACAGAAGAUAGUGUGCCACAAAAAACUGAUAUUUAUUUUUAAAAUUGAGUAUUAAGAAACUACUUCUUUUCCUAGAUUUUUGAGCUCCACAUUAUUUCUUGUGCCAGCACAAAUUUGGGGCAUCAGUAGGCUUAUUUAUUGAAACUGUAUAGAAUUUCAGCUUUUUAUUUUUAUAGCAGAUGCAUAGUGACAAAAGAAAUUGUUUUAUCUUUCAUUGUGCACAUUCCAGCUGUGAUUGCUCUGUACUGGGGGAGGAGGGUAUAGCUAUUUUAGUGCUAUACAGAAAAGGGCUCAGAUUGAAUUUUGUGUUUUUGUUGUUGUUGUUUUAAAAGAUGGUUCAUCCAUUGUACUUCCGUGAAUAACUCCUAGAAACAUGGAUAAUGUUUUUUCUCCAAAACUAUGUGUAAACUAUUCUCUUCAUUUUUCAUUCUAGGAUAUUUUCUAGUUCUCAGGGUGGGAGCAGAAAAGAGCAGCUUUCAGUAUUGUUUUAAAUGACCUGCUGGGUUGGAAAAGUCUGCUGGAUUUUAUUUUAUGGGAUCAGAAAAUCAACUUUUGCCUCCAGUUGACUUUGAGAGUUCUGGUUGCUUUCUAGACAAAUAUGUCAAAAGGACAUGGAUGCUCUUUUUACUCCCCCCCCCCUUUUAGAGCAUAGUUUGGAUGUUUAUCCUAAUGCAGUUUUAUUAUGUCCUGUGAUUUGGGAUAACUUUUCAGUUUAAAUUCUAAAGGUCCAUGCACAAUAAUACAUGCCCAGAAAAGUGUUAGUUUAUAAGUUGUUAUGUAGUAUGUGGAAAGAGCCUAUGGCAGAAUUAAUAUGAAUUCUUCAAAAAGAGGCACUGGGGCAAACCUGCUUCAUAACUAAAUUUGAAACAUACAGUUGGAUGAUAUCCUGUUUCCACGUUUGCGAGAGCUUCAGCUUAUUUCCCAAUAGAUUUGAGAAUUAGGAUCUUUUUCAGUUUGAAUCAUCUCAUUGCAAACAUGAAAUAAUUCAGCUUUUCCUUUGAGGAAAGAGAAGUAAAACUUCAGGAAAGAUUCCUUUGACUGUAUCGUCCCAUACUAAUGCCAGCAUUUAAUCAGUAUCAUCUUCCAGCUAUUCUGUAUUAGGGACAUAGGAAGCUGCCAUAUACUGAGUCAGACCACAGGGCCAUCUAGCUCAGUAUUGUCUACACAGACUGGCAGCAGCUUCUCCAAGAUUGUAGCACUUAGCAAUAGCAAUAGCACUUACAUUUAUAUACCGCUCUAUAGCCGGAGCUCUCUAAGCGGUUUACAAUGAUUUAGCAUAUUGCCCCCAACAUUCUGGGUACUCAUUUUACCGACCUCGGAAGGAUGGAAGGCUGAGUCAACCUUGAGCCCCUGGUCAGGAUCGAACCUGUAACCUUCGGGUUACAGGGCGGCAGUUUUACCACUGCACCACCAGGGGCUCAAGGUUGUAGACAGGAAUAUCUCUCAGUCCUAUCUUGGAGAUGCCAGGGAACCUUCUGCUCUUCCCUGAGCGGCUCCAUCCCCUAAGGGGAAUAUGUUACAGUGCUCACAUAUCAAGUCUCCCAUUCAUAUGCAACCAGGGCAGACCCUGCUUAGCUAAGGGGACAAGUCAUGCUUGCUACCACAAGACCAGCUCUUUUGCUCUUGCUGUUUUUGUGUCCGUCCCCCCCCCCCCCCCCCGAUUUGGAAAUGUGAGAUUUCCUCUUGGUUUGUCAGUCUUCUUUCUCCCAUUUGUCAAACCAUCUUUCUCCCAUUUCAUUAACUUGCAUGAGAAAAGAAGUGAUAUUUUUUAACAACUCAAAAUCCAUCAAUUUUCCCCUGAAGAAACUGUGUAUCUGGGAUAUCAGUACUGCCAGUUUUCCCUUGCUUGCUGCCUUUUUUGGGGUGUUUGUCAAAUCUUGCUCACCCUUUUUGCUGCCAUUUUCAUAAUUUUCCAAUAUAAAUGUGUGGCGGAUUAAAAAUACAGUCAAUAAUGCAAGUGUAGCAAUAGUUGAGACCUUCCAGCAGUGCUUCAAAAGCUUGAUACCUGAGAGGUGCAAAGUAAAUAAGAUGAUACCUUUUGUAUAACUCAUUAUGUGGAACUAGAGCAGCGACUACGUUUUAAGCAGUGCUGAAAAUGCCUAAUGUGUCAACCCCUUUCUAGUGCAUUCUUGUUCUGGAAUUGUAUGUCUCAGAAAAGAAACUCACAUUUGGAGAAAUCGCUGUUCUUCUUCCUUAUCAAACAUAUAUUGGAGUCUCACCAAUGCAGUCUGUUUCUUAGUUUCCCUACCUUAGUAAGGCUACAGAAUAAUUUGAGCUGUCUUGGAGAUCACGACACAGAAAUCUCAUUUUCUUGAUAAUUGUGCUAGCUGCGAUUGGCAAGACUACAUGCUGCAUUGUUUUUCCAAAAAGCAUAUUUCAAAGUACUUUUUGAAAUAUCUGCAGAGUCCCAAAAAGUUUGCCCUUCUUAUAGUCUGUUUUACUAAUGUUGCCAAUAAUCCUGCAUCUCCCACCUCUUUACUCCAGGCGCCUUCUGAAAGUGUUCAUUACAAAAUUCCUCAAAACAUAACUCAUCCUUUGUUGCAUAUUUAAUAUGGAUCUUCUUUCUGUAUUUUUACAAAAGUACCAACAUCCUAGCCAUGUCUUUUCCAGUCUGUUUUAAAUAAUGUGGCAUGUUGGGUUUAUGCAUCUGGCACAUUUAAUCUCUGACUGACCAACAAGGCUCUUAUUUCCCAGGUUAAUGAGUAUUCAGACUCAUUCAGUGUCCUUAAGACUGUUCCUCCCCGAGUCCCCUUCUAUUUGUCUUAUCUACAAUGAUAAAGUUAGUAUUGGAUUAAAUCAUUCCUUUCAGAGAUGCUUUCCCCAUCUAUAUCCCCCUUUCCUAGUCUGCUUUGAUGGUUUUUCUUGUGCAUGUGGAUGACUUCUCAUCAUUUUAUCAAUCUCAUUUUGGCUUGUUUUCUUAUCGUUUGACUUUUGUACUUAGAUAAUUUUAAGAAAAUUCCCAAAAUAAAGUUCCAGGCUGAAUAGUACUCACCUGAAUUAGCACUCCAUUAGGUAAACAUUCCACAGUUUCUGGUGGUUCACAUUACUUCCAUUGCUAAAUCGAGGUGGAGUCCUCUGCCAGUGAAAAGGGAUGUCUCUGACCUUGAGUAAAGAAAGGGGUCCAUUGGCAGCUGGUUCUCCUGCUCACUUUACAGCCAGUAUGACCACUCAGGUAGUAAUUCACAUGGUUGUGUUGUGGGAAGUACUGACUAAUUGGUUGCUAACUUAGUGAGUGAUGAUGUGUCACAACUCCUACUCAGUGCCUCUUUUAACACACCAAAGUGGUAGUUUUGGCUCUCCAUAGAACGUUUCUAUCAUUUGGGUGGGUGCUUGAGUUCAGUUGUGGGCUUAAUCUUAAAAUGCUUCUUAUGACAGGUUUUUGUAGGGCUAGACGCAGUGGAUCAUGGCUGAUUUCAUAGCAAGUUUCUUCUUCAGUUACAAGAAAAGAACUGUUGGAUUAAACACAUGCUACUAACUGAAGGGUGGUGACUGUGCUUCCCUCAUUGAACCAGUGCUGAACUGUUGCUAUGAGUGGUAAUUAUAUGGUGUCUUCAUUUGCAAGUACAUAGGAAGCUGCCAUAUACUGGGUCAGACCAUAGGUCCAUCCAGCUCAGUAUUUUCUUCACAGACUGGCAGCGGCUUCUCCAAGGUUGCAGGCAGGAAUUUCUUUCAGCCCUAUCUUGGGAACUUGGAACCUAGAUGCUCUUCUCAGAGCGGCUCCAUCCCCUAAGGGGAAUAUUUUACAGUGCUCACACAUAAAGUCUCCAUAUGCAGCCAGGGCGGACCCUGCUGAGCUAAGAGGACAGGUCAUGCUUGCUACCGCAAGAUCAGCUCUCCUCUAAGUACUUAAAGCAGAUCAGUAAAGAGCCAUCACCAUGUUGCUGAGUGACAUUUUAAGUCCAGAUCAGCCAAAGCUAGGCAUUUCUAAGUUCCAUUGAUUUCAAUUAGAGAUAUUUUAACUAUGAGCUUAAUUCUGCCACUGUAUAUAUAAAAGGGAGAUAAAAGUGCUUAAAUUUUGCUGAAAGAUCCCCCUUUACAACCAGAACUACAUAAUAACAUUUCUCUGGAAAUGAAUGGUAUAAAGCGCAUGGGGAUAUAAGUAAGGUUUUAUUGCAAUUUCUUGCUUUCUGCUGCAACUUUGAAUUGCAAAGUUGCAUAUAUUCAUAUACAUUAUGUUACUGUUGACUAAGACUGUUACUGAAUGUUGAGCCAACCCUGUAAGGAAUGGCAUAGCUCAAUAGCUACUACCUUCAUGAUUUCUGUACAAGUUGACUUCAGUUGUUGGCGAUGCUGUUUAGCAAUGAUACCCUGAACAGACACCAUUCUCCUUGAUGCAGAGACAAUUAAUUUGAUAAAUAUAACUUCAUUCACUAUUACUGUGAAUGUUUCCAGUCUAGCAUUCAGGUGUAAUCUUAUGGAGUGUGUGCAUUUUUAAAAGUUACAGUAAGGAGAGUUUGGCUGUAGGCAUAAGACUUCAUAUUUCUGUGCUCAUAUAAUCCUUGAAAUGCUGACUAAGUUGUAGUCUUCUGUAAUAAGGCAUUUGAAAGAUCAGGCUGCAAAAUGAAGUCCUGAUUAUCACACAGGUAGCCUGAUGGAAGGUUUUGGGGUGGGAGUGGCGGGCAAGCCAUGCCAUGCCCGAUAAUAUGGCUCCAGAAUCGUAUUAUGUUUAACUUCUCAAAGUUUUUUAAACAGAAGGUAAAGACUUUCUAUAAUCACUGGAUGACUGAUGAUGUUUGCUCUGUUGACACACUAUAACUACCACUCUUAUUUGCCAGUAUACAGUAUCUGCUCUUGUCUUGUAAAAAUAGACCUGGUCCAGACACCAGUAAGAGGUUGGGCGUCUACUGGGUCCAAAUCCCAGCUUAUCUGUAAUAAAACCCUUGGCCUCCCCUACUCACAGGGCUCUUGUGCAAAUAAAUUAAGCAAGCCCCAUGUACAGCUUCCUGAGUACUUUUGCAAGAAGGGCAAGACACAAAUGUGAGAGAGAACUAUGUGACACAGCCAUGCGUGCAUCACUUCCUCUAGCAAAAUCAGAAUUAAAGCACAAUGUGCUUCAGAUCUUGGAUCGCACUGAGAUGGCAAGGUCAGUGUUUGGGAGUUCCGCCAAACAGCCUUGCCUCCAAGAAGACUGCUGAGGGAAGGGUUCAUAAUGUUAGUUCUUUUUCCAGCGAUGCAGAAAGUCUGCUAUCCUUGGAAAAUGCCAUUUUCUGCACUGAUGACUUGAGUAUUGUGGUUCAUGUCUGUUACUGCUAAUCAAAUGGUAGGUCAUUGCAAAUACAUUCUUUGGACUGUAGCCAUUGAAAACAUAUUUUGAGUUAUUCAUAGCAGUUGAGAGGCAGCUUGGAUUCUAUCACAGAGUUAUGCAUUAUUAAACCAUGACUCUUAAUUGAUGCGCAAGCUUAAUUUUAGUUUCUGUCAAGAACGAUAUGUAAGAGUUGCUAUAGAUACUGCAAGACUGAAGUAUUGCUUGCUUAACAUCACUUAAACCUUUACAUGCCACUACCACAAUCUUAUCUGCCAACAAUGUUGCCUUAACAUCACAGCUUGUGACCUGUCACAGUAGCUGGUAAUGUCUCAUCUUAAGAACUUCUGGGUUGCCUCAUCAAGCUUCAGGAUUAGCCAAUUAGGGAGCCAGUUUAUAACUCAAUAGAAUCAAGUAGUAGAGGUUUUUGCAAACUGAACCACUUCGUACUGGAGGUGAAGGGUUGCAUAUAUUUGAAUGCACCUGCAAAACUAGCAUGUUGGGGGAAAGUAUUCAGCAUAAUCUUCCUGAGAUUAGGCUUUUUUUACCCUUGUUAGCUAGAAGUGGUGAAACAUUUCUACUUGAUAGUUAAAUGUAUAACGUGGCUGUUCUACACUUGGCCAUCAGAAGUAGUACUGCCACCUCUGAUAUUUGGUUGAACAAAAAAAAACCCCCUGUUAAUUGCAUCCCCAAAUCUGAACAAACCUUUUUUAUCUAUUGCAUCUGACCUUUAUCCAAGGUGCUGUACAUAUGCUGUGGGAUAUGUGGAGGCUAGAACACACAUUAAAAAACAAAAACAAACCCUGUGGGGUAGGUUAAGCUGAGACACUAAAACUGGCCCAAGGUUGCCCAGUAAGCUUUCUGACUGAGAAGGGAUUGGAACCCAAGUCCAAGAUGUCAAAGUUCCUAUUACGUAGAAGGCUUUGAAUAUGUGUGUGUGCUGAAAAGUAUUUCGUCUCCCAUCCUCUUAGCAUGGAACUUCCCUCUUCUCCGCCUUUGUCAGUGCUGACCUUCUUGGUAACUUACUAAGGCUGUUCUCAGGAGCAGCCUAAUUCAGGCUAGGGCAGCCCAGUUUGGGUUAAGCUGCUUGUGUAUAGUGCCAGGAUCCAUGCUGAUCCCGGCACUGCCUGCCCACCUAAUCCCACUUUUAAGCCCGGCCUUUAGCCAAGGUUAAGGGCAUGAGCGUGCCCUUCACCCUGGCCCUAGGAUUGUGUGUGUGCUCGGUCUGCAUGCAGCCAGAGUGCACACAGAGACAGGCACCUAAAGCGCCUGUUUCGUGAAUGUAUCCCCCAAUGCACCCCUUGGUUCAUGCAGUGCAUUGUGGGAUAUGUGGAGGCCAGGACACAUCCUCUCAGCUUAGAGGAAUUGCCGGGGUGGUGGUGGUAAAUUUAGUGCUGCUUGCCCCUCACCUCCCAACCUCCUGGUCAUGUGAAUACCCUUAUUGUCUUUUAGCAAAGGAAACUUUUUUGUUAAACUGAGUGUUCUAUACCUCCAUCUUGUAUUGUGGCUAAAUAUUCUGUUUCAUAGCUUCAAAGGUACAAAGCAGAACUUCACACCAGGCCAGGAAAGAGACCUGAAACUUCCUGAAGAAGAAAUACUAUACCUACACUCAUAUGAAACCACAGUUGAGGAGUCUCAGUAUUGGGAGACUUCUAUGUCUGUAUGCCUCUUACUGGGUGUUGAUACAAGUGGACUCAUUGAUUGGUAGCUGUAGAGAAGAAGCCGUUCAGAGGAUGAGGCCACCAUUUGAAAAAUGGUUAAAGUUCUUAAGUGUUUAGUUCAGCAUAUGUAUAUGCACGAAUAGUAUCUUUUAUACCAGAGACAUGCUCUUUGUGGGCUGGGCUGGAUUUUUCAGCAGGCAUGGUGAUCAAGACAAGUGUACACCUGAGAGGGAAAGAGCUUUCCUAUGCAAAGGUAAACUAGUGCACCAGGAUUCAGGAGCAAGGUAGUGGUUCCUUGUUCAGUUUUUAUGAUUAUGCAUUUUUCAAUUUCUAUUUGUUGUUAGUCCUAUUGAUAGUUUUCAAAAAAUAGGACUUUUCAUGAGCAUUGACUUGUUUUAUGUAUCAGAUUCAGCCUGCUGGAGACAGAAACUCACUCAAGAUUGGUUCACACGUCUGUCCCUGAUGGCUACAGGUAACUAGGGUGGGGUGUUCCUAUAUAAUUAAUUAUUAGUUAUUGCACAGUAAUAAUGUCCUUGUAAGAACAAAUGCAAACUGUUACUUUGUGUUCAGGCAGAAAUGCUAAGGUUAGAGCUCUUUGGAAAUUUGCAGCUUAACAAAAACAGUUCAGACUAAUAUUAAGGUAUAAUUGGGUCCUAAGAACACUAGUGUAUUAAAGUUCCUUUGACUUCACUGGAAAUAAGUGUGCUUGGGAUCAUAUACUUAGGUUAGCAGUAAAGUUCUAGUUCAUUCUGACUUUGGGGUUUGGGGGUUGCUUUUUUUUUUUUUUGGCAAGGAAUGUGUUUGAAAAUUUGGACCAGAGAUGGAGUAUGAUACAUAGUAAAACACAGGACUUAAUAAAAAUGCAUCUGGGGCAUGUCCAUUGGGUUUUUAAACAUCACUGUUCGAAAUGCAUAGAACUAGAAGAUGUUAAAUAAUUAUUAUGGAGAAAGGUUUUUGUCUGUUCUUAAGCUAUUACUUCUACUUGACUAAAUGUAAAAACAGCUUGAUUUUGUGCUGUUUGUGUGUGUGACUGAGGAGGUAAAAUAUUAUACCUCCGAACUGACUAAGUGAUUAAAUCCAUGUGUUCAAGAAUACUCCCAACUAUUACUGCCAAUGGCAGUGUUUGGUUUUUGUUUUAUAAAUUGAGGUUUGAUUACUCUUUUUUUUGUUAGGAUCUUGGGAUGGUAAUUUAAUUCCUGCUGCCAUUGCAGACAGUGGGGCUUUUUCCAAUGACUUAACACGGGAACAGGAUUAGAUUUUCAGAGCUUUAUGUUGAGCACUUAAGUCUAAAAGGCGACUUGCCUUGUGUGUAUUUGACAUGGCGCCCCUGUAUGUAGUGGCUAACAUGGACAUUCUCUGGUUUUAUCACUUUGUAAGUUGGACCUUUAAUGGAGACUGAAGUAAACUUUCUUAAAUGGGAGGUAUAGGUAUUCUGGAAUGUAGAACAUUUGUUCUCGUGCUGAAAUUGUUUACAUGAAAAAAGAUUACAUGAAUUACUUCGUAAUCUGCGAUGUGCAAUUUUGUACAUGUUGUGUUAAAACUAAGUUUAUAAGAUACUGUAUGUAUAAAUACUUGACUGAGUAUUUGAUAUAAAUAUCAGAACAUUAAAAUGGCUUUAUAUUCAUA